ACGCGUGCAUCAUUUAAAAAUGGACUCCGGCAGCAGUGCGAGCGCGCCGGACAACGUGCGGGAAAUAAAUUUCUCGGAGUUGAUGAAUUUGCUUAUAGGACCGAACAAACGAGUUAAGGAGAACGUUGUGUUUCCCCCAGGGCUAUUUCCACACAAGAUCAAAACGAAGGAUGAAUUGCGCGUGGAAGCCGUCUUUGAAAGCUGCGCCUUCAAGACCGGCAUCAGCUGUGUUCUCGGUGGUGCAUUCGGAGCAGCGCUCGGACUUUUCUCUGCGAGCGUGGACCCAAAUGUCACCGGCGGUGGUGUGGACCCUUCGAAGAUGACAGUGCGGCAGGUUUUCACCGACAUGAAGUCGAAAUCCGUGUCUUACGCCAAGAACUUUGCCAUUGUCGGUGCCAUGUUCGCUGCCAUAGAGUGCACCAUUGAGUCGCAUCGUGCAAAGACAGACUGGAAAAAUGGCACCAUGGCUGGUGCGCUAACUGGAGGACUAAUAGGAUUUAGAGGAAGGUUAUCAGCUGACUGGGUGCCCAUUGACUCUACAUUGUGAUGCCGUCUCCGGCCGUGUGUGCCAGCUUGUGUGUCUGGUCACCAGAGCUAGGCUGCAUCGAGAUUGGGUCAGUCAUCCAGAGAUAGACCAUCUGAAAAGACCAAGUGAUGACAGCUUCCUUUUCUCUGCAAGAGAUUCAAGUUGUCCAUGCAGGAAAUACUCCGUAUCCAUG